AUGCUUAUCGAAUGCUUAUCAAUCGCGAUUGAAAGUGAGGAGAGGACUGAUGAGAGGUGUUAUUUGACAAAAGAUCACAAAUAUUCGGUCAUCACGAUAGUUUCUUAUGGUCGCAUCACGAUAGCACACAAAAUCGCUUGCCGUAACGAUGUGGCAUGGAUGUUCGAGCAAUGGGACGGAGAUAAUAAUGGACAUCUGACAAAGGAAGAACUGAUGCCACUCGAGGGUAACGGUCGUGAAGCGUGUGUGGCUCAAUUCAUCGAUAUGUGCGAUGACAUGAUAAUCGACGGCAAGAUUUCCGUCGACGAAUGGUGCGAUUGUUUCUCGUUUGCUGAUGAUAUACGUCAUGAGCCUCCUUGCCACAAGGAGAAACACUCAGUGGAUCCUCACAUGGCUGGCGCAUUCCUCCCCCGUUGCGACCUCGAGGGUUUCUAUCGCCCCGAGCAAUGUCAUAAGGGCUACUGCUGGUGUGUAGAUAGAUAUGGUCGUGAAUUCGAUCAGUCUCGUACACAAGGAGAACUCCCAGACUGCGGACAAUACUCCAAUGAGCUUGACGAAGACGACAAGAUGGACCUACAGCAUCGUCUAUAAUUCGCUACUUUCUUAGCAUAAACCGGACGUUUGUAAAUGACGAUCUGCCAGCUAUAAGUUGCUUAAGCACACUGCCCCUAUAUAGAUCUUGGAAUUUGUAUUUCGCGAUGAUAAUAAAGAAUUUUUUCAUAAAAA